GCAUAUUUCUCAAGCUUACAUCGCCGCCCACAGACUGCAGAGCGCCUGGAUUUGUAAUCGUAGUAUUAUUUUAUGGUGUUUUUCAUCAAUGCUUAGGUCAAAAGUGUCACUUGCGAGCGCUUGCGUGUGACCAACUUUAUAUCUCACUGGUAAAAUGGAGCAGUUCAAGGGAUCGCUAUGGAAGCGUCCUCCGCCCAGGGACACGUCGGGCAAGGGCGCCGACACGUGGAUGGCGCUGCGAAGAAAUGUCGAGGGCGCCGAGGGAUUGUGGCGCAUUCACGACAAGCUCUACGACUUUUCGAAAUUCAUUGCUGGGCAUCCAGGGGGCGAAGAGUGGCUCAGAGUUACCCAGGGCACCGACAUUACUGAAGCUUUCGAGACCCACCACAUUUCACCUAUGCCCAGCAGGAUGCUAAAGCGAUUUGAAGUGCGAGAGGCGAAAACAGAAAGAUUACCUCCUUACACUUUCAAACCAGGCGGUUUUUAUGCAACCCUGCGAGGCCGAGUGUAUGGCGUGUUGCCUGAACCUGAAAUGCGAGGCAUCAGCGUUCAGACGCGACUUUUGGCAGACGUUGUCGCCUUUUUCCUCUUCACAUUUGCAAUCUUAACAGCCUCUUACCAGAGUUUUUACCUCGCCCUAGUUGGUGGAACAUUGCUUGCAAUGCUGACAGUGGCGUCACACAAUUUCUUCCAUCUGAGAGAUAACUGGCGCCGGUAUUAUUUUGACCUGAGUACUAUGGCUUCAUCUGACUGGAUGAUUUCCCACGCAAUGAGUCACCACUUAUAUCCCAACAGUCUAUACGACCUCGAGGUAUCUAUGUUUGAGCCCGCGUUUGUACGGUGGCUGCCUGAGAAAAAAUCACUGUUUGUAAAAAUCUUCCCUUGGAUCGGGAGCGCAUUUUUGUACGUAGUACUUUUCCCCUCGGAGCCAUUGAGACGGGCAUUAUUGAAGGGGUUCAGAAAAACAGACCUCAUUCCACUUAUUAUUCCACUUGUCAUGUUGCGGUACGCGCCCGAAGGUCAUAUUAUAUCCACUUUAUUACUGUGGGUCACUAUUGUGCUCUCUGGGAGUUUCGUCUUUGCCGUGGUGGGCAUCAAUGCGGCGCAUCACCAUCCAGAAAUCUUUCACGACGGGGACACUCCUCGUGAAGACACAGACUGGGGCCUCGCAGCUUUGGACACGGUCCGAGAUAGGCCUGGCAUAAGUGGCGUAAGCGGACAUCUCAAGAGCGAUUCCGACGGAGCACUUAAAGUUGUAAUCGACUCCACAAAAAGUGAGGAUAUCGCGUCUUUUGUAAAAGUGAUGUUUAAUUUUGGCCACCACUCGUUGCACCACCUUUUUCCCACCAUCGAUCACUGGCAUUUGCCCAAGUUGUACCCAGUUUUGGAGCAAACCCUUAACGAGUUUGGAAUUCCGUUCACAACUAAGUCGAUCGCCAGCUUGGUGAUUGGGCAAUUCCAGCAAGCCAGCAGGUCCACACCAAAUCCCCUUCCGCCAAAAUCAAUCAAAAUUGCUCCAAGCAAAAAUUAAAAUUAUUGCUUGACGGGUUUAAUAAAUAAUUUUGCGUUUUAUUUAUCUGCCCGAAAUAAAAACACGUUUGACGCAACAUAAAAAAUAGCACCGUAUUAUACAUAUUUCUUAAUUUUAGGAUUCCAUAUGAUUUUGCAGUAGGAGAACUGAGUAUGUUGUUGUUGCGCCUAAUACCUGUAAUAUGCAGAUAGAUUAUUUUUAAUGCAAUUCUAAAAGGAAUUAAAGCAGAAUAAAAAUAGUUAAAAACAAAAUUUAUUACCCCGUAUAAGAUGCUGUUAUCAAGAACAAAGACGUCAAGCACAAAUACUUUGCAUUUAACAUGCACUAAUAGCUCCUCAAAACUGGAAAUCUGAAAGUAUUAUG